CAGAUGGAUAUUAGCCUGGGCUGUCAGUAUGGACAGAUGGAUAUUAGCCUGGGCUGUGAGUAUGGAUAUUAGCCUGGGCUGUCAGUAUGGACAGGUGGAUAUUAGCCUGGGCUGUCAGUAUGGACAGGUGGAUAUUAGCCUGGGCUGUCAGUAUGGACAGGUGGAUAUUAGCCUGGGCUGUCAGUAUGGACAGGUGGAUAUUAGCCUGGGCUGUCAGUAUGGACAGAUGGAUAUUAGCCUGGGCUGUGAAUAUGGACAGAUGGAUAUUAGCCUGGGCUGUGAGUAUGGAUAUUAGCCUGGGCUGUCAGUAUGGACAGAUGGAUAUUAGCCUGGGCUGUGAGUAUGGACAGAUGGAUAUUAGCCUGGGCUGUCAGUAUGGACAGAUGGAUAUUAGCCUGGGCUGUCAGUAUGGACAGAUGGAUAUUAGCCUGGGCUGUGAGUAUGGAUAUUAGCCUGGUCUGUCAGUAUGGACAGGUGGAUAUUAGCCUGGGCUGUCAGUAUGGACAGGUGGAUAUUAGCCUGGGCUGUCAGUAUGGACAGAUGGAUAUUAGCCUGGGCUGUGAAUAUGGACAGAUGGAUAUUAGCCUGGGCUGUGAGUAUGGAUAUUAGCCUGGGCUGUCAGUAUGGACAGAUGGAUAUUAGCCUGGGCUGUGAGUAUGGACAGAUGGAUAUUAGCCUGUGCUGUGAAUAUGGACAGAUGGAUAUUAGCCUGGGCUGUGAGUAUGGACAGAUGGAUAUUAGUCUGGGCUGUCAGUAUGGACAGAUGGAUAUUAGCCUGGGCUGUCAGUAUGGACAGAUGGAUAUUAGCCUGGGCUGUCAGUAUGGACAGGUGGAUAUUAGCCUGGGCUGUCAGUAUGGACAGGUGGAUAUUAGCCUGGGCUGUCAGUAUGGACAGGUGGAUAUUAGCCUGGGCUGUCAGUAUGGACAGGUGGAUAUUAGCCUGGGCUGUCAGUAUGGACAGGUGGAUAUUAGCCUGGGCUGUCAGUAUGGACAGGUGGAUAUUAGCCUGGGCUGUCAGUAUGGACAGGUGGAUAUUAGCCUGGGCUGUCAGUAUGGACAGGUGGAUAUUAGCCUGGGCUGUCAGUAUGGACAGGUGGAUAUUAGCCUGGGCUGUCAGUAUGGACAGAUGGAUAUUAGCCUGGGCUGUGAAUAUGGACAGAUGGAUAUUAGCCUGGGCUGUGAGUAUGGAUAUUAGCCUGGGCUGUCAGUAUGGACAGAUGGAUAUUAGCCUGGGCUGUGAGUAUGGACAGAUGGAUAUUAGCCUGUGCUGUGAAUAUGGACAGAUGGAUAUUAGCCUGGGCUGUGAGUAUGGACAGAUGGAUAUUAGUCUGGGCUGUCAGUAUGGACAGAUGGAUAUUAGCCUGGGCUGUCAGUAUGGACAGAUGGAUAUUAGCCUGGGCUGUCAGUAUGGACAGGUGGAUAUUAGCCUGGGCUGUCAGUAUGGACAGGUGGAUAUUAGCCUGGGCUGUCAGUAUGGACAGGUGGAUAUUAGCCUGGGCUGUCAGUAUGGACAGGUGGAUAUUAGCCUGGGCUGUCAGUAUGGACAGGUGGAUAUUAGCCUGGGCUGUCAGUAUGGACAGGUGGAUAUUAGCCUGGGCUGUCAGUAUGGACAGGUGGAUAUUAGCCUGGGCUGUCAGUAUGGACAGGUGGAUAUUAGCCUGGGCUGUCAGUAUGGACAGGUGGAUAUUAGCCUGGGCUGUCAGUAAGGACAGGUGGAUAUUAGCCUGGGCUGUCAGUAUGGACAGGUGGAUAUUAGCCUGGGCUGUCAGUAUGGACAGGUGGAUAUUAGCCUGGGCUGUCAGUAUGGACAGGUGGAUAUUAGCCUGGGCUGUCAGUAUGGACAGAUGGAUAUUAGCCUGGGCUGUGAAUAUGGACAGAUGGAUAUUAGCCUGGGCUGUGAGUAUGGAUAUUAGCCUGGGCUGUCAGUAUGGACAGAUGGAUAUUAGCCUGGGCUGUCAGUAUGGACAGAUGGAUAUUAGCCUGGGCUGUGAGUAUGGACAGAUGGAUAUUAGCCUGUGCUGUGAAUAUGGACAGAUGGAUAUUAGCCUGGGCUGUGAGUAUGGACAGAUGGAUAUUAGUCUGGGCUGUCAGUAUGGACAGAUGGAUAUUAGCCUGGGCUGUCAGUAUGGACAGGUGGAUAUUAGGGACAGAAAUAUUCACACCCCUGAGUAGAAGCAAUUUUGGCAGCGUUUACAGCUGAGUCGUUCUGGGGAAGCCUCUGUAAAAGCUUUCCACACAUGAAUUGUGCAACAUUUGCCCAUUAUUAUAUUCAAAAUUCUUCAAGCUCUGUGAAAUGGUUUGUUGAUCAUUAAUAGACAACUAUUUUCAGGUCUUGCCAUACAUUUUGCAGUUUGUGGGACAUUAAAAUGUUUUGCUCGUGUGGUGGGGUGUGUAUGAAUGUGGUUACACAGACCCACAAGCCACUGCAGGCCCUCAUGAUGACUUCCCUGCUAUACAAUAUGGAGAGUGGUACUCAGUAAUGUGUUGUAUUGAAUUUGCCCCCAACGUGUUUAGGACUAAAAGUUCAUUUCUUUGCCACAUUUUAUGCAGUAUUACUUUAGUGCCUUAUUGCAAACAGGAUGCAUGUUUUGGAAUAUUUUUAUUCUGUACAGGCUUCAUUAUUUUCAGUCUGUCAAUUAGGUUAGUAUUGUGGAGUAACUACAAUGUUGAUCCAUCCUCAGUGUUCGCCUAUCACAGCCAUUAAACUCUAACUGUUUUUAAAGUGACCAUUUGCCUCAUGGUGAAAUCCCUGAGCGGUUUCCUUCCUCUCUGGUAACUGAGUUAAGAAGUACGCUUGUAUCUUUGUAGUGACUGGGUGUAUUGAUACACCAUUCAAAAGGUAAUUAAUAACUUCACCAGGCUCAAAGGAAUAUUCAGUGUCUGCUGUUUUUAUUUUCACCUAUUUACAAUAGUUGCCCUUCGCGAGGCAUUGGUAAAUAUCCCUGGUCUUUGUGGUUGAAACUGUUUUGAAAUGUACUGCUCGACUGAGGGACCUUACAUAUAUUUAUGUAAGGGAGCUGAUCCAGAGAUGAGGGUGUAGGGUACAGAGAUGAGGGUGUAGGGUACAGAGAUGAGGGUGUAGGGUACAGAGAUGAGGGUGUAGGGU